AUGGAAUCAGGAGCAUUUUCAGCCGCAUCUCUUGUGGAAGACGUACUUCAGCAACACGGUCAUCGCCUCAAGGAUCUUGAUUUAGAAUUUAGGAAAGCAGAAGAAGCUGCAUCAAGAAGAUAUGAAGCGGCCGGUUGGUUGAGAAAAAUUAUUGGAGUUGUUGCUGCUAAGGAUUUACCCGCGGAGCCAUCUGAACAAGAGUUUAGGCUGGUUUUGAGAAGUGGAAUUAUCUUAUGUAAUGCUAUUAAUAAAGUUCAAUCUGGAGCUGUUCCUAAGGUUGUGGAGAGUCCGGUUGAUUCUGCGCUGAUCCCGAAUGGGGCACCAUUAUCAGCUUAUCAAUAUUUUGAAAAUGUGAGGAAUUUUAUGGUGGCUGUACAAGAAAUUGGACUUCCUACUUUUGAGCCAUCUGAUCUGGAGCAAGGAGGAAAAUCAUCCAGGAUUGUGAAUUGCGUUUUGGCUCUUAAGUCGUACUGUGAAUGGAAACAGAAUGGUGCAAAUGGUGCGUGGAAGUUUGGUGGAAAUCCCAAACCUAAUAUUUCUGCUAAAUCUUUUGUGAGAAAAAACUCGGACCCAUUCACUAAUUCCUUGUCAAGGACUUCUUCAAUCAAUGAAAAAACUCUAGCUACUCUUAAUUCUGAUGUCGAGUCUAGUAAAAUGUCUGGUUCCCUUUCUUUGAGUAUGCUUGUUCAUUCUAUUCUGUCAGAUAAGAAGCCAGAAGAAAUUCCAAUGUUGGUUGAAUCUGUUUUGAAUAAGGUAGUUGAGGAGUUUGAACACCGUAUUGCAAGCCAAGGUGAACAGGCAAAAAUUACUUUAAGAGAUCAUGUUUCUCAAAGAAACGGAUCUGCCUCAAAGUUUGAUAAAAAGGUGGAGAACAAGAUUCAUAUGGUAGCUAAGAAAGAGGACAUUCAUAAAAAUCGUGUGGCUGCUGAGGAAUUGCAAACCAAACACCUUAAUCAGAAAAUGCUUUUUGACCAACAGCAAAGAGACAUUCAAGAACUAAAGCUUACUCUUCACACCACAAAAGCUGGUAUGCAGUUCAUGCAAAUGAAAUUUCGUGACGAAUUUUCCAAUCUUGGAAUGCAUAUUCAUGGAUUAGCUAAGGCUGCUUCUGGAUAUCAUAGAGUUCUGGAAGAAAAUCGCAAACUAUACAAUGAAGUCCAAGAUCUAAAAGGAAGUAUAAGGGUAUAUUGUCGAAUAAGACCCUUCUUUCCUGGACAACCAAACCAAUUGAGCGCAGUAGAAAAUAUAGAAGAUGGAACAAUCACAGUUAGUAUUCCUUCGAGGAAUGGGAAGGGACAAAGAUCCUUCAACUUUAACAAAGUCUUUGGACCAUCUGCCACCCAAGCGGAGGUAUUCCUGGAUAUGCAACCACUUAUUAGAUCUGUUCUUGAUGGUUAUAAUGUUUGCAUAUUUGCAUAUGGCCAAACAGGAUCAGGAAAAACUUACACAAUGACUGGACCAAAAGAGAUCACAGAGAAAAGCCAAGAAAUUCAUAGCAGCUCUCACAAAGGGCUCAGUGUGCCAGAUGCCAGCCUUGUCCCAGUGUCAUCAACUAUUGAUGUUAUUGAACUAAUGAACCUUGGGCACAGGAACCGUGCUGUUGGAGCAACAGCCCUUAACGACCGCAGUAGUCGAUCUCAUAGUUGCUUGACUGUUCAUGUUCAAGGAAGAGAUUUGGCAUCCGGAGCAACCAUCCGCGGAUGCAUGCAUUUGGUUGACUUAGCAGGAAGUGAGAGGGUGGAUAAAUCAGAGGCUACUGGAGAUAGACUAAAAGAGGCACAACAUAUUAACAAAUCCUUAUCAGCUUUGGGCGAUGUCAUAGCUUCUCUGGCUCAUAAAAACUCACACAUACCUUAUAGAAAUAGUAAACUCACACAAUUGCUCCAAGAUUCACUUGUUGCCGGGUUUAUUUCAGGAGGACAGGCCAAGACCCUGAUGUUUGUUCACAUAAGUCCAGAAAGUGAUGCAAUUGGAGAGACAAUUAGUACUUUAAAAUUUGCAGAAAGAGUUGCAACAGUUGAACUUGGUGCUGCGCGAGUAAACAAAGAUGGUGCAAAUGUUAAAGAGCUCAAAGAACAGAUUGCUAGCCUUAAAGCAGCACUGGCAAGAAAAGAAGGGGAAUCGGAACAUUCUUUUUCUGGAAGCUCUGAAAAAUAUAGGACAAAGACUGAGCUAUCACCAUAUCAUUUAAACCAACGGGUUGUAGACUCGGGCGACCGGUUUGGAUACAGGCGACCAAUGGUUGAAGUUGGCAACAUAGAGCUUCAGAGUAAAACCAUAUUGAGACAGAAAACUAAAAGCAUUGAUUUCGAUGAGAUAUCAGUAAAUUCACCACCCUGGCCCCCAGUAAAUAGUCUUGGACCAAACGACGGUGAGGAUGAGAAAGAAACAGGUUCCGGAGAAUGGGUUGAUAAGGUAAUGGUAAACAAGCUAGAAGCGAACAAAACUGACAACAACCUCUUGGAUUGUUGGCAAGAAAGCAAUGUAAACUUAUCUGAGGCCUUUUAUCAAACGUAUCUCCAAGAUUCUUCCAAAAUGUAUUCAGAACAGUCCUAUAAUAUGUUCAUGGGAGGAAACCAGUUUAAUAGCAUUAUGGCUUCAGAUGAUAACAUGGAUGAGAUCGACGCUGCAACCAGUGAUUCCUCAGAACCUGACUUGCUUUGGCAAUUUAAUCAUUCUAAACUUACCGGUUUGACCAAUGGAAUUGGAUCAAAGACUAUUAUGAAAUCUGUCUCAAAGCCAACAAAAAGCCCACAAUUAAGCAAGAGUUCUGUUCAUACUUCUCUUGGUCCUUCACCUUCAUUGAAACAAUCAAAAGUUGUCUCACAUAAGACAGGGAGAAGUCCAGCUCCUGUUGACAUGAAGCGUAAAAUUGGGGGUAGAAAGUAA